AUGGGCCUUUUCGGCCGCAUGCGCAUCCACGAGAGCGGCCUUGACCGCACUCCCUACACACCCACCACAUCCAACACAUCCACCGUGCACACGCCCACCAUCGCUCCAUCCGUCCGCGCCACCACCACCACCACCACCACCACCACCACCGCCUCCUCUGUAGCUGACGCUGGCACCGCCGACUUCUCAUGCCCACACUGUCCAUGCACAUUCACCUCACGCAUCGGCCUGGCCGGUCACUUGCGAAUCCAUCGCACAGAGACUGGCGAACCAGUGCCUGGAGCACCCACCUAUACCCACCAAGCUCGUCUCAACUGCCCACACUGCCCUCGCACUGUCAGGCAUCGCAUGGGCCUAUUCGGCCACAUGCGCAUCCAUGACGACCUGCGGUAG